CAUGCGGGAGAUCGUGCACUUGCAGGCCGGCCAGUGCGGCAACCAGAUCGGGGCCAAGUUCUGGGAAGUAAUCAGCGAUGAACAUGGCAUAGACCCCACGGGCACCUACCAUGGAGACAGCGAUCUCCAGUUGGAGAGGAUCAGUGUCUACUACAAUGAGGCCUCAGGUGGCAAGUACGUCCCCAGGGCAGUCCUGGUUGACCUGGAACCCGGCACCAUGGACUCUGUCAGGUCUGGACCUUUCGGGCAAAUAUUCAGGCCGGACAACUUCGUCUUUGGCCAGAGCGGUGCUGGGAACAACUGGGCCAAGGGACACUACACCGAAGGAGCCGAGCUGGUCGACGCUGUCCUGGAUGUGGUCAGGAAAGAGGCGGAGAGCUGUGACUGUCUCCAGGGCUUCCAGCUGACCCACUCCCUCGGCGGAGGCACUGGCUCGGGCAUGGGAACCCUGAUGAUCAGCAAGAUCCGGGAGGAGUACCCGGACCGCAUCAUGAACACCUUCAGCGUGGUGCCCUCACCGAAGGUCUCGGACACGGUGGUGGAGCCUUACAACGCGACCCUCUCCGUGCACCAGCUGGUGGAGAAUACGGACGAGACGUUCUGCAUCGACAACGAGGCGCUGUACGACAUCUGCUUCCGCACCCUCAAGCUCACCACGCCCACCUACGGCGACCUCAACCACCUGGUGUCGGCCACCAUGAGCGGCGUGACCACCUGCCUCCGCUUCCCCGGCCAGCUCAACGCCGACCUCCGCAAGCUGGCCGUCAACAUGGUGCCCUUCCCCCGCCUCCACUUCUUCAUGCCUGGCUUCGCCCCCCUCACCAGCCGGGGCAGCCAGCAGUACCGGGCCCUGACCGUGCCGGAGCUCACCCAGCAGAUGUUCGACGCCAAGAACAUGAUGGCCGCCUGCGACCCGCGCCACGGCCGCUACCUGACCGUGGCGGCCAUCUUCCGGGGCCGGAUGUCUAUGAAGGAGGUGGAUGAGCAGAUGCUGAACGUGCAGAACAAGAACAGCAGCUACUUCGUGGAGUGGAUCCCCAACAACGUCAAGACGGCCGUGUGCGACAUCCCGCCCCGGGGGCUCAAGAUGUCUGCCACCUUCAUCGGCAACAGCACGGCCAUCCAGGAGCUCUUCAAGCGCAUCUCAGAGCAGUUCACGGCUAUGUUCCGCCGCAAGGCCUUCCUCCACUGGUACACAGGCGAGGGGAUGGACGAGAUGGAGUUCACAGAGGCGGAGAGCAACAUGAACGACCUGGUCUCGGAGUACCAGCAGUACCAAGACGCUACCGCUGAGGAAGGAGAGUUCGAAGAGGAGGCCGAGGAGGAAGUCGCGUGAAGAUCUCGUCUGUGCGCAACCCCCCGUGAC